UGAGACAGAAGGGGGACGACAAUAAGCGCUGGACCGAAGAGGAAAAUGGGGAGCUUCGACGGACAGCUGUGACGCAACAUCCGUUAUUAUCAGCGCUACGUUUGUGUCAUUGAACAACAUGGGGUCAUAAUGUUAUUACCAUUCUAAGCACUUUUCAUUCAACAUCAGCUGGAGGCGCCAUGGUAUAUGAGGAGUCGGAGUGACUUUUGUCCAGAACAAUAAUGGCCACGUACUCUCGGCUCCCGGGAUCCGUUGCUCUGAUAACGCUUCAGAAUCCACCUGUCAACGCGCUCAGUGCAGCGGUGCGACAGGGCAUAGUAGAUACGGUGCAGAGGGCCCUGAAGGACCCACAGGUGACAUCUGUAGUGAUCUGUGGACAGAAUGGGAAGUUCUGUGGAGGGGCGGACAUCAGGGAGUUUGCGGGGCCGAUGUUGGGGCCCCCCCUGGUGCCCAUGAUCCAUGCUAUUGAGGCUGUGGACAAGCCUGUGGCCGCAGCCAUCGAGGGAGUAGCACUGGGAGGAGGACUGGAGUUAGCACUGGGCUGCCACUAUCGCAUUGCACACUCCAAGGCCCUUCUGGGACUUCCAGAGGUGACCCUGGGUCUGCUGCCAGGCGCAGGGGGGUCACAACGUCUACCCAGACUCAUAGGGUUAACAGCCGCCCUGGACCUCAUCACUACAGGUCGCCAUAUCUCUGCUGCGGAGGCCCUGAAGCUGGGGAUCCUAGAUCAGGUUACCGAUAACAACGUUGUGGACCAGGCCGUGGAGUUCGUCCGGAGAGUUGCAGGCCAGCCCCUGGACUCCCGUCGUCUGAGCACCCUGCCCUGCCCCCCAGACGUUGACUCCCUCUUGGACAAAGCCAUGGUCAAGGUCCGGCAGCGCUCCCGAGGUGCCCUGGCUCCGGUGGCCUGUGUUCAGGCUCUGAUGGCGGCUGCCUCCCUACCUUACACCCAGGGUAUGGAGAAGGAGAGGGACCUGCUGACCACCCUGUUCAACAGCGGCCAGGCCCGAGCUCUGCAGUAUGCCUUCUUCUCCCAGAGGGUGGUGGGGAAGUGGAGUCUGCCUAGUGGGGCGAGCUGGGACAACAGCGCUGCCAGGACCAUCAGCAAAGCUGCUGUUAUUGGUCUGGGUACCAUGGGGCGUGGCAUCGUUGUGGCACUGGCUCUGACGGGCAUCUCUGUGGUUGCCGUGGAGACCCAAGAGAAGCAGCUGGCAGAGGCCAGUCAGGCGGUUCCGGCGAUGCUGCAGAGAGAGGCGCGGCGGCGAGGCUUGGCCACACCCCCAGGGGUUAUCUCCUUCAGCUCUUACUUGCAGGACGUUAGUGAGGUGGAGUUGGUGAUCGAGGCGGUGUUUGAGGACAUGUCCCUGAAGCUGCAGGUGUUUAGGCAUCUGACCUCUGUGUGUAGACCUGGGACCCUGCUCUGCUCCAACACUUCUGGCUUGGACAUCGACCAGCUAGCUGCCGUCACCCAGAGCCCUGGCCUGGUGGUGGGGAUGCACUUCUUUGCUCCGGCCCACGUCAUGAAGCUGCUGGAGGUGGUGUAUGGUCCGCGGUCAUCUCCGGAGGCGGUCGCCACGGCAAUGCAGCUGGGCAAGAGGAUGGGGAAAGUCAGCGUCGCCGUGGGCAACUGUCCGGGGUUUGUGGGUAACCGGAUGUUGAAGCCGUACCUGGAACAGGCCAACUUCCUGUUGGAGGAAGGGGCCACGCCCCAGCAGGUGGACGAGACGCUGGAGGAGUUUGGAUUCCCCAUGGGCGUGUUCCGGAUGUCUGACCUAUCAGGGCUGGAUGUGGGCUGGAGGAUCAGGAAGGAGGCGGGGCUUACAGGGCCAGGGGUGGAGUCAACCAGGACACGCCAUGGCCGACGUUACAGCCCGCUACCUGACCAGGUGUGUGAGGCAGGCCGGCUGGGCCAGAAGACGGGGAGGGGAUGGUACCAGUAUGACGGGCCUGGAGGCAGGGUGGCGCGGUCCGACCCCUGGGUGCACAUCUUCCUGAAGGCUUACAGGGCGGAGCACGGCCUGGUGGCCCGGAGCAUCGCCCCGGAGGAGAUCCUAGAACGCUGUCUCUACGCUCUGAUCAAUGAAGGCUUCAACAUCCUGCAGGAUGCCAUGGCCGCCGGACCGGAAGACAUCGACGCGAUCUAUGUGUUUGGGUACGGCUGGCCCCGGCACCACGGGGGACCCAUGUUCCAUGCAGGCCAGGUGGGAUUGGGCAGGAUCCUGGAGAGGCUGCAGCACCACCACCACAACCACCCUGACGUGCCUCAUCUGAAGCCCAGUACGCUGCUGCGGAGGCUGGUCGCAGUGGGAAGUCCUCCGGUCCAGAAGUGGAGAGAGUUCAUCAACAAAGAAAGAGUCCACAGUCAGCUCUGAGAUGCCCCAGUCUCACCUGUCAAUGCAACCCUGUGAUUGAAUAAUAAAGUCUCACAUUAGAGACACGCCCAGGGAUUUCUAGGGUGAUUUCUAGGGUGAUUUCUAGGGUGAUUUCUAGGGUGAUUUCUAGGGUGAUUUCUCUGGAUUUC